AUGGAAACUGAAUGUCAAAGUACACUCUUUGUCUUAUCACUCAGUUCAAAAUGUGAAAAUACUAUUAAAACUAGUCAGCAAAUAUCUAUUGAAUAAUUAUGGACAGUAAAUAUGAGUAUCCUUUGUCCUUUAUCAAUUUUAAAUCCUAUUUCAUUCCUUUUAGUCAUCUGAUAAUGUUGUUCAAACCAACUGUCAUACAUUAUUUCCUGCUGUAAUGUUGUUGAUCGAAGGUCAGUGGCACAAUCGUAAAUAUUUUGAAAUGGCCAGGAGGAUUAAUUUUUUAAGAGUUGACGAGUGUUAAAACAUGUUAUUAGUGAUUAAAUCAGUGUAUUAUCAUCUUCUGAAGUAUGGGAUCAAUAUUAUUAAACCUGGCCAAUAUAACAUAGUAAAGUAUUAGUGAAGUACCUAGGACACAAAUAUUCACACAGAAUGGGCCAAUCACACACCGCUGAAUCACCGAUCACGGUGGCAUUCGUCACAUGAAUACAACCGCAAAAUGUAGACGACGUUCUGUCGUUCUGAGCAUGGAAUAACGUGUGACGUUGUUCCCUUCUGAAUUUCCCAAAUUUCGAGCAGCAACAAUAUGGACGAACGCAACGGUGACGUCUUUUAAGUGGCGUAGUUCCCUUCCGAAUUUGCUAGAUAUCGAGCUGCAUCAAUAUGGACGAACGCAACGGUGAAUGCACGUUCCCCGAACACCAUGACGACGCGUUCUAUCCGGCGAUCAGUGAAACUGAGUCGGAACACGAUUGUUUGAAGGAUUUUCUGUUAGAGCCAACUCCUCCCGUUGUCGUGUGUCAAGCUACAGAGAGUAACCCCGUUGCUCCGCAGGAUACGGGAGCCGCCUCGUUCCAAAGUCCGAGUGGGGAGAAGAACGGGGACUGGAGUCCCAGUGUAGAAGCCGGUUGUAGUGAGCGAACUGUGAGCAGUGAUUGUGUGAGCAGCGAACCGCUCUACUCGCCGGACGCGGAAGCGGCAGUUGACAGUCAGCCGUCGGCCGCGGCGGGAGUGAGUGGCGAGCCGGGAGCGGGAGUCGUUAAACAGAAACCGGGCCGCAAGCGGAAAUCCGCCGACGGUAGCGGUCGCCGCUUGGUCGCCGCGCGAUCCGCCCCGCAGAAGGCUACCUACCAGUCGCAGAUCUCGCCCGACCAGAACGGCAUUAAGCUGCGGAUUAAGAAGUCGGUGGUGGCGCCGCAGAAAGGCCGCAAGCGGCGUAGUAAGGGCGGCAGUGCCGCAGACGAUGACGGCUAUGUUGAGCCGUUGACGCAGAGCGGUUGGGGUGAGAAGUUGCCGAAAGAUGUGCUGUACAAGAUAUUCGAAAUCAUUACCCGCAACGAGGGGUGUAUACCUUUUCUUGUUCGUAUGACGAAAGUUUGCCGGUUAUGGCGGGAAGUGGCCGAGACGCCGAAGCUGUGGCAUCACGUGGAUUUGGCCUCCACUUGGGUUCGAGACCCGGCCAAAAAUGAUCUCAACUUUUGCUGGUUGUGCGAGAAUCGACUAUCGCAUGUACAGGACCUCAAUCUUGGAGGCUGGUCGUUCGUGGGCAUUCCGCGAGUGCUGGACAAGAUGGCGACCACGUGUGCCGAGCUGCAGAGUCUCGGUCUGUCGGGCUGGCAGGGCCUCAACGCAGAACACAUGCGCUUCCUCGCCCAAUCCUGUCCUCGGUUGCAGCGGCUCGAUAUCUCAUCCAUAAAUCCUGUUCACAACAGCAACAAAGCCAGUGCUGUUUCGACCACGUCUCUGACUGGCCUCGCCGAGCUGAUGGGGGAACGACUCACGCAUCUCAUCAUUUCAAAUAACAAGCUAUCCGGAGUACCUCAAAUCAUUUCUGCUCUAGCGACGCACUGCCCGAACCUGCAGGUGCUCGACAUGUCGAACGUGAUGACAGUGUCGCAGUCAGCAGGUGCCCUGCAUGUGGAGCGGUUGCAGGAGGGAUGUCCUCUGCUCAGGGUUCUGCGCAUCACUAACAGUCAGCUCGCUCUGGCGCCGGUCUCGCUCAACGAACAGGCCUCGUCGGCAGGCUUCCCGCACCUGGAGGAGCUGAGCGUGGCAGGUGUUCUUGAUGGCCUCGUGUCGCAGCCACUCAUAGACGACGAGUCGCUGCAGCGCAUACUGAAGCAGUCACACAAGCUGCGGCUGCUCGAUGUACGCGGAUGCAACAAGGUGUCAGACUCCUCCCUAGUCAGGAUACCCGCCUGGGAUCUCGAGCAUCUCUUUCUGUCUGGCUGCUACGUGACUAGACUGAACGGAUCAGGCCUGGAGCUGAUAGCACAGAAGUGGGGCCACAGUCUGGUCGAGAUGGACCUGGCCUGGAGUACUGCCACUGAGGCAUUAGAUGCCGCCGUUAUGGCGCUGGCUGAGCACGGCACCAAGUCACAGCUCAGAGUGCUAAACCUGUGCGGCUCGUCAGUGAGCCUGGAGCCAGUGAAGGCAGUUCUGGAGCGGUGUCCCCUCCUCGUCUCACUGAACCUGUCCUCGUGUCGCGCGCUCCCUCGCGGUAUGAAGCGGCACUACCACGAUGCAGGCAUUGCCGAGUUGAGGCUCUCUUUCGCCAAGGACGAGCCCGAGGACGGUGGCCAGCAGUAGGUGCCUCGCCAAGUCACUCGACGAGUGUAAAUCGUGGUAAGUCACUCGAAUUGAAACGAGUAACUUGUUGUAAGUGAUUCGAACCAGCAGCAGGUGCCUCGCCGAGUCACUCGACGAGUGUAACUCCUAGUUAGUAAUUCGAAUCAGCAGUAAUUGCACUAACACUUGAAGUAAAACCACUCUGUGUGUUUGCCAUCUAUGAAUACAAGGGUACGUCUCUAUUCACACUAGUGCUACUCAAAUCUCGGAGCGACUCGGUCGCCUGGCGACACAGCUUGUGUAUUUGAGUGAUGACGCUCAGACUAGGCGAUUCCAGUCGCCUACAGUCAGUCGCCAAUAGCGUAUGAGCUACUCCACGAUUGAGUAGUACUAUUACGCGACUAAUUUGCUCGGCGACUUGACGUGGUGGUCUUUAAGUAACAUUUUAAUUUCAAUAUUUUGUCGCCAAGAGACUGAGUAUCGAGUACUUUUACAGGAAACUACUCAAGUAUUGAGUAUUUUUAACAGUGAACAACUAGAGUAUCGAAUAUUUUUAACAGUGAACUCUAUACUACGUAAACUGCUACGUAGCUCACUCUACUAUACCAUAGAGAACAUAUAUUAUAAACUAUCUUUAUGCUAUUAUCUAUCCUUUCUCUAUGGCUGUAUGUUGUUUUUCCACUACUCUAUACUGAUUUUUAAUAGAUUUUUAAAGGUUUGGAGUUGAUGUGGAGUAGCGUGAACAUGAACGAGCACACAAAUAAAAUCAGUUUAUUUUGACAAACAAUAAUAAAAUCACAUUACAUGCUAUAAAUCUAAAAACAAUAAAAUAUCUCUUAAAUUAAUAAGAAUACUGGAUAUAAAUAAGAUGAAAAUAUAAAUAUAUAUCUCAUUACCCUUUUAAAUUAUUAAAUUUAAGUGAUAAAAUGAUUUAAAAGGGUACUGAGGUUUAUAUUUUUAUCUUAGUUAUAUUAAAAGUAGCCCUAAGGAAAAAAAUACAAGAAUACUGGAUUAUAUAAAAUCUUUACAUUACCCUGCCAAAACAAAAGUACCACCUGUUGAAUUAAAACUAAUGUGUAUGCAAGUAGGGGAAGUUACAAAUUAAAAAGCACGUUUAAAUAUUAAGUUUGUUGGGAAAAUAAAAUUCCCAAAUUGAACAUUCAACUUGAAAGAUUAAAACAAUAUCUUUAUUUGACAUCAAAUAAGUUUAAAAGUUUGCUAGUAAGUUCAAAAUGGUCAUCGUCAAUUACAAAAUAACAACUCAAAAUUUGUAUAUAAUACAAAUAUUUAUAAUUUUUUUAUACAAAUAAUUUUGUAUAUUUGAAGUAUCUAAUACUCUACUUUGAUGACAGAAAGCUUGAUAUAGAAAGCCUAUAAUGAGAAGUUCAAAUGAGUCGAACGGCUACUGAGGUUUAAACUAACUAGAGGUAACUAGACUCUGUGACGGUAACUAGAGAUGUCUGUGACCCUUUCUAUGUUUGUAUUGAAUAAAUUAAUAGAUUAGUGUCAUUGAGCGUGACAAGCGACUAAAGUCGUACGGUAGGAUGAACUAGUGUAUCCGCGACUUAUCGUACGAUUCGAGUAGCGCCAGUGUGAGUAGAGUCUACGACUAAGACAACUUUUGUUUUUGUAUCUCGAGCGUUAUUUAAGUAUAAAAUUGUGAAGUAUGAUUUAUUGUAUCCAUUAAAUGAAUGACUAAUACAAUUAGAUAUAAUAUUCUUUGAAGACUAUUUGUUCCCCAGAACAAAUGAUAGGAAAAUUAUCAUAAUGUAAAAUUCCACAUAUUAUCGUAAAUUGUGGAAUGUAAUAAAUGAAUAAUAGAAUAGAUAAAACGUCUAUUAAACGAAAACAAGCUACGCAUUUUCCAUUAUCUAAUGGCUGGAUCGCAAGUUAUGCAUAGUAUUGCUAUUGACUCCUUUGAAUCCCAUAUCCCUAGCGACAUAUACAGGAGAAUCUAUUAGAAUAAAAUAGAAUAACUUUCAUCAAA